AUGCCUGGGGUGACGAGUGGGACACCACGACAACAGCAGCGGCUGAGUAUAAGGCGGCCGUUGGUAGAAUCACGAUCUGAGGCUUAUCAAAGAAUUGCCGAGUUAGAACUGCAAGUCGGGCAGAAAGUUUGUGCUCUUGUGGACGCCGAGAAGGAAUUGACAGUGUUACGAGAACGUUUCGAGAAGAUCGCAACUGAGAAGUCUGACCUGCAGGCGGAGGCCGAGCUGGAAGCAGAGCGUCAGCGAAGGGAGGAAGCCGAGGCCUUGGCGGACAAUUUGCGACGAGUUGCUGCCACUCUAAGAACACAGGUUGACGAACUGCAAGAAAAGCUGCUUCUCGAAGCUGAAUCUGCAGAGGCGAAGCAAAAUCAGCUCACUCAAUUAACAGCCGAGAAUGAGCGCCUUCGAACGGCAGUAGCAUCACGCACGGAAUUGGUAGAGGCUGAGCAUCAGCGAAGUGAGUCGGAGCUGGAGACGUUGUGCGACGAGCGUCGGACGAAUCCAGACGAGCGCUUGAAAAGCGCUGAGAACGAGAAGAUCCGUCUAGAAGAGCAAUUGCUGGCGUGUGAGAUGAAAUGCGAUGAUCUGAAGAUUGAGCUGCAGCUGCAGAAGGCGAACAACUCAGAACUGACAGAGAUGCACAAUGAGGCUAACAGACGUUGCGAGGAUGCACAAGCAACACUUCAGACUGUCGAAGCCGAAAACAUGGCAUUGAUUGAACGUUUGGCGAAAGCUAAAGAAGAACUGGAGGACGUGAAGGUUCAGCUGCGUGCGAGAAUCACACAGGAUGAGGUACGUUUCGUGUUUCUGCGGAGACAUACUGGCAAAGAUACUGAUGUGAAGUGCCGGACGAGAACUUGGGAGAAAGGGAAUUACAGAAACAACCUCCUGAAAGACAGCGAGGCUCGCCUUCUGGACUCAGUUGAUGAGUACGGUCUUCAAGCGGAAAAAUAUCAACAGGAAGCUGAGCGAUUACAACAAGUGGUCAACCGUUUGGAAAAGGAAAGAAUGGAGUUAGAAGGGAAAAGUCGAAGAGAUGCAAAGAGGCCAAGAUCGUCUUAA